UGAGAAAAUAAAUUAUUUCAGAACCAACAACCACAACCAAGCAUUUGACUGGUUGAGCAACAAAAAAAGUUUGAUAAACAUUAAACGUGCGAAUUUUGUAUAACUUUGAAAUCACGUAAUAACACGCGCGUAAGUAUUAUACUUUGUUGGCGUCGGCAUGGAUUAUAGAAACAGCGCCUAUGGAAUUGGACAACGCCGCCAACCAAAUGAUGCGCCAAUGCGCGGCACUAACGAUGACAACUUUCGCGGCGCUGCCGCUGCCCAGUCGCAGUCAAUGAACUAUGGUCGCGGUAACAACUACAACAAUAGUUAUGGCUACGCUAACAAGAAUGCUCAAUUUACGGAUUUGGAUAGUAAAUUUGGCAGCUUGCAAAAUAAUUUUGGACGCAACUUGGAUAGCGGAAGCGGCGGCGGCGGUGGCAACAACUCUUAUAACAAUUUUCCAAGCAGCAAUCAGCAGCGAUUUGGCAACAACAAUAGGUCUGGAAUGGACAAUCUAAGUCCUGGGCCGUCUGGAAUCAAAAGUAAUUUCAAUGAUGAUUUUCGUGGACCAGAGCUGUCAGCUUUUAUGGAACAGCGCUUUAACAAUCGCAGCAACAACACUGGCAGUUUCAAUAAUAAUAGCGGUACUUCGGGUAAUGGUGGUAUUACACGUGCGCUUCCAAUGGACAACUUCCGUGGAUCACCGUCUUCAACAAGUUUGGGACUGAACCGCUCGAUUAGCGACUUGAGCUACAAUGAUGGUAGCCGAUUCUUUAACAACUCUAACAACCGUAGCAAUGACAGAUUUAUGGAUAACUCACGCGAUCAAAAUACAAAUAAUUUCGGACUCAAUGGCAGCAACUUUAAAUAUAAUAACGACAAUAACUCCUUUGGUCGUACCAAUAGCAACUUUGGGAACAAUAAUCGCGACUUCAAUGAAGGCAGCAACUUUCGUGGCAAUCAGCUUGUAAAUGACUUCGGAGCUGGUAACAUGAAUGCGAUGCAAUUCAAUGGGCAACGCAGUAAUGCAGGCUUUAACAACGAGCAGAACUUUCGCAAUGGCCCGGAGUUAGGCAACUUUGGAGACAACAUGAAUGCACAGCCUAUGAGACAACAAUCCAAUUGGCAGCAAGGCAGCAGUAACAACUACGCUGCUGCUCAAGCAAAUCGCAAUAAUAUGCCACAGCAACCCAAGAGGAAUUUCAACAACCAAGCGCCCAACAACCAAGCGGGUAAAUGGGAUAACAAGCCACAGCAGGGCCAACAAGGCAAAGUUUUCAAGAAUCAAAAUGCAAAUCAAAACCAGAAACAGUUUGCUAACGCUGCUCCCAAUCCCGUGGGCGCUCAGGCUGGCAACUUUUAUAACAAUCAAGGCAACAAGCCUAAUGUGCAACAAGCUAAUAAACAAUAUGCUAACAAGAAAGGAGAACAAGCUAACAAACAAAAGCAACAGCUGCCCAAAAGCCACAACAAAGUGUUCAUAAAGCCGCAAGUGAAGCCUGCUGGCGCUGCUGCUGUUCCCGUUGCUGCUGCCGCUGUUGCUGCUGCUGUGGCAGCUGCUGUUGCAACGCCAAAUACUCAACCCAAGCCCAAGCCCAAUGUGCAGGCAAAGAAGCCUGCAGUGGGGCCCAAGCCGGCAAACAAUGGUGCAACUAAAGCUGUUGCACAGAAACGCGCAGCAGAAGCAGCUGUGCCUGCUCCACUAAAGAAAGCGGAUAUCAAGCGUCGCAAGCUGGCCAUCAAGCGUGGCUUCUUGCUGGGCGGCUUUAAGUUGCCGUAUUUAAAUCAUAACAAAGUGGCUUUGCCACAGCCAGAGGACAAAUCGUAUGCUAUUAUGUUCUUUGAGCAGACGCCCAAUUACAGUACAAGUGGUGGUGAUGAGCUGGACGACACUGCCGUUGGCUACACACCCGAAAAUGAUGUGGAUGGCAAGAAUGCUGGACGCACAUUGGUCAAGCGCAUACGCAAGCGCUUGCAUUCUGAAUGGACCGUGACUGAGGAGUCCAAGAAGUAUAAAUGCUGGCAGACCUGGUGGAAGGAUUACAAGUGGUGUGAAGCUGGAAUUAAAGCGGAGCUGGCUAAAUAUGAGAACAUUAAUCUGCGUGAAUGCUUCAUACCGGAUCUACCGCGUCUCACCACCGAGCAGGUGGUAGAUGUUAUUGUCAAAUCGGGUGACUUUGCUUUGAGUCAGAACUCGGACAAUUACUUCAACAACAUGAAGUCCAUGAUUACCUUGAUGAAUACGACUUUCUUGGAACAUUUGCAAAUGCCCAACACGGAGAAAGUGCAAGACAUGAUACGUGCUGUGCCUAAUGACUUUUGGUCAUAUAAAAUGCGCAGCAUGGUCUACUUGUGGGCAGAGUACCUUAAAAUCUCAAAGACAGCGGCACCGUCCACGGAUACGGGCAGCAAGCUGUUGCUGGCCAUUGCCAGAGAAUGGAAAAAUCCGCUAUUCCAUUGGAUUGCCAAGCAGGCUUUCGAUGAACUUAAGGCAAUUAGCGAGGUGGAAUGGCCACAGCAUAAAGAGCUCUAUGAGCACACAUCAUCCACAACAAUUAAACAAUAUAUAGAAUAA